AUGGCUAUUGUAGAUGAACCCAUCCUUUCAAGAUUGGAUCGUAUUGAUCUCAUGGUGAGGAAGCUAGAGGAGAUGAAAGGAAGCUCACCAAGAAGCUCGAGCCCAUCGACUCCAUCGAGUGGGACACAGCCAUCGUCACUGGAUCUGUCGUCGCCGAGGAGCACAGGGAAGCUACAGUGCCGGUCGAUGGAGCAAGUGAUGGAGGAGACUGAGCGUAAAGGGACUUUGCUAGAGAGACUAAACAAUGUAGAGGAGCAAGUUCUUAAGCUGUGUUCACAGUUUGAGGAAGAGGUGGGAGAAGGGAGAAAGAAAGAGGAGAAGAGCGAGAAAAAGACGAAGAAGAAGAAGGGAUUGAGGAAGUUGGUUGAUAAAGUUGUUGGAUCUUCUUCUCCGACUGAUACCCAUUCCAAGAGCUGGCGUUGCUGA